GUUUAAUUAUCCGACAAUCUUAAUUUGACAUUGUGAAAUGGGAAGCGUUAGUACUUGCAGUGCAAAUAUCCAAGGCUUUGUAGAUUAUGCGAUCUGCGUCCAAUGAUUUUUGCUGCUACAAAACGGUUCAGCGUUGAAAUCCCGUGAAGCGUUUCAAAUUUCCGUUUUGGGAAUAUACGCGCCUUAUCGGCCUGGCGGGGUGUCUGGACUUAGUUUCCCGAAACGGAUAAAAUAUUACGAUAAGAACGAUGAGCAUCCAUGGACAACGGCCAACCAAUUGAUAUAUAAAUGAUGGUGAGAAUCUUCCAAUUGGCAUGUCUUUGGUUCAGUUCUCUUCCGUCAUCAUCACAAUCAACAAACAAUGGAACGUCUUCAACAAAUCGCUUCUCAGGCUACUGCUUCUUUGAAAGCACCAGCUCCACCACAACAUCCAUUGGACCCUCUCUCUCCAGAGGAGAUCAGCGCAGUUGUCGCCAUCGUCAAGAAGGAGUAUGGCUCUCGUAAGAUCUCUUUCAACACUGUUACCUUGAGAGAGCCUACCAAGAAGUCCUACUACGAGUGGAAAGAACACAACGGUCCUGUUCCACCAAGAAUGGCACAGUUCUUCCUCCUGGAGGCUGGUAAGGCUGGUAUCCAGGAAGGUAUUGUUGACCUGGUGAACUUGAACAUCACAGGCUUGCAGCACAUUGAGGGUGUCCAACCAAUCUUGACGGUUGAGGAUUUGCAGUACACUGAGCAGGUUAUCAGAACUGAUCCAAAGGUCAUCGAGCAAUGUGUUCUUUCUGGUAUUCCAGCUGAAGACAUGCACAAGGUGUACUGUGACCCAUGGACCAUCGGUUACGACGCCAGAUGGGGUUCUGCUCACAGAUUGCAACAAGCUAUGAUGUACUACAGACCACACGAGGAUGACUCCCAAUACAACUUCCCAUUGGACUUCCUUCCAAUUGUUGACACUGAGGAGAAGAAGGUUAUCUUCAUCGAUAUUCCAGAGGUUAGAAGACCAUUGUCUAAGCAGCCACCAUCAAACUUCUACCCAUCUGAUGCUGUUAAGAAGUACGGCUACAGAACCGAUGUCAAGCCAAUCAACAUCACUCAACCAGAAGGUGUUUCCUUCAAGAUGACCGGUAACAUCAUGGAGUGGUCCAACUUCAAGUUCCACAUUGGUUUCAACUACAGAGAAGGUAUUGUUCUUUCUGACAUUACUUUCAACGACCAUGGUAACGUCAGACCAAUCUUCCACAGAAUGUCUCUUGCUGAGAUGGUUGUGCCAUACGGUGACCCAUCUUUCAAGCACUACAGAAAGCACGCCUUGGAUAUCGGCGAGUACGGUGCCGGUUACAUGACCAACCCAUUGGCUCUUGGUUGUGACUGUAAGGGUGUGAUCAAGUACUUGGAUGCUCACUUCUGUGACAGAUCUGGUGCCCCAUUGACCGUCAAGCACGCUGUCUGUAUCCACGAGGAGGAUGAGGGUAUCUUGUUCAAGCACUCUGAUUUCAGAGAUGACUUUGCUACCACCAUUGUUACCAGAGCUACAAGAUUGAUCAUUUCUCAAAUCUUCACUGCUGCUAACUACGAGUACUGUAUUUACUGGAACUUCUUGCAAGAUGGUUCCAUCAGAUUGGACGUCAAGCUUACAGGUAUCCUGAACACUUAUGCUGCCAACAUUGGUGAGGUUACUGCUCCAUGGGGUACUACUGUUUACCCACAAGUUAACGCUCACAACCAUCAACACUUGUUCUCUUUGAGAAUUGAUCCACGUGUUGACGGUGACAACAACUCUGUUGUUCAAGCCGAUGUCAUGCCAUCUGAGCACCCUCUUGGUUCCAAGGAGAACCCAUACGGUAACGGUUGGUACGGUAAGGGAACUGUUUACAAGACCGUUGCGGACUCUCUUUCCCAGGCCAACGCUGCUACUGCUAGAACCUGGGAUAUCAUCAACCCAUCUUCUAUCAACAAGUACUCUGGAAAGCCAGCUUCCUACAAGAUUGUUUCCAUGCAAACUCCAAUGAUGAUGGCUAAGGAGGGCUCCAUCCAAGCCAACAGAGCUCCAUGGGCCAGAUACACAACCUCUGUUGUCAAGUACGAGGAGGACAGAUUGUAUCCAUCUGGUGUCUUUGUUCCACAAUCCUCUGGUCCAGACAUUGGUAUCAAGAAGUGGAUUGGUGAUGGUACCGAUAACAUUGAGAACACUGAUCUCAUUCUCUUCCACACUUUCGGUAUCUCCCACGUUCCAGCUACUGAGGAUUACCCAUUAAUGCCUUCUGAGCCAAUCACUUUGCUGAUCAGACCAAGAAACUUCUUCACAGCUAACCCAGCUCUUGAUAUCCCACCAUCAUACGCUAAGACCACCUCCGAGGUCAAGGCUGAAGGUGGUGCAACUGAGGUCAAGUCCUUCUUGGACACUACAUCUAGAUAUGUUAGUGACAACAGCACUUCUGCUGGUUCAGCUUGCUGCAAGAAGUAA